AUGUCAUCGUUCACGCUACCAGCUCCAUCAUGGGCCAAAGAAAUUGCGAGUGAUAAUGAGCUGACAAAUUUGUUGGAGAAAUUGCGAGCACAGAAAACAUCACGAAAGUUCAAUUGUGUAAUGGUUAAAUUUGUUGUGGAACACAGAACGUUGAAUGGAAGAAUCGGCAAGAUACUUCGCUGGGGUGACGUCGAAAUUGAGCACGCCACUCCGUCAUGUAUGACGUAUACACGUGCUGGACAUAUACCUCACUUAACAUGGGAUGUGGCAUCCAAAUACCUCGAGAAUGUUCCAACGCAUUUGACACUGACGGAUCCGUUAUCAGAGCGAAGCAUGCAAUUCAAUAACGCCGGAAGUAUUGCAAUAUGGACAAAAGCUGGACGACGGAGUAUUAGUGUUGCAAUGAUAAAGAAACUCUUGUCGUACAGCCACGUGUCUUCCUACGAAACUAUGUUUGACUACGGUACCCCGCCAGACUGCUCAAAUAAACGUUUAACAAAGGCGGUUGAUAGAACGGUUAAAUUUGCAACAGAGUUAUUGCACGACAGUUCACCUUCGGGAGCCGUGUUGAUUGCUCUGUGCGGUGGACACAGCCCUUUUCAUCACCAGCGAUGUGCCGCUGAAAUUGGACCAGCUCUUAACUGUUGCGGAUUUGUUUUGGAUGUUAUGCAGUUUGCGAAACGCCAUCGUUUUGGCUUCGGUAAGAAAAAAAAAGUAUUGAAAGUGUCGAAAUCGAGCAGCGAAAGCACAAGUGAGACCAGACAAACGGAUUCCUCGGAUGAUGAGGCGUCCCAAAGCAAGAUGCCUUUGGAUCCUGUUGUUACGGAAAGCGAAUUUGAUGAAAACGCUAUCCGAACUCUGCUAGCUGGCGUUUGGCCUCAUUUACCGCCUGCUCAUCUGCGCCUUGCUAAUGGAGCAUUUUCACCAACAGAAGUGCUGGCUUUAACUCGUAUUGGCGUGGAUUUAUUCGAUUCCUCCUAUGCUGUUUUUCUCAGUGAACAAGGAAAGGCAUUCAUCUGUAGUGACGAUUUUCCACUUGAUCCGACUUUCAGCGUGCUGGAUUUCAGUGAUAGCAUCUAUGCGGAAGAUUUUACUCCUCUCUGUAAGAACUGCGAUUGCUACACAUGCACACAUUACACGAAAAGCUAUUUGCGGCAUCUAACAAAUACAAGAGAAUUAUUGGGUCCAACUCUGCUUAUAAUGUUAGUUUUGAAUUCUCUUUUUUAAAU